AUGGCGACCAGGAAAGAUAAGGAUAUGAGGCGGCCGGACCUGGUCGUCCCCUACAUGGAACCGGCCCUCAAGAACGACAACGUCGAGUUCCAGUCGACGCUGGCCUCGACAUUGCCGAUGGCGGCUGUGUUUAUGAGGAACCGGUUCUUGGGCUGGGCCGCUGUCGUCUUUGCCGUGCAGAGCUGGCUUGGCGAGAGCGAGGAGAUGAAGCGGAGCACGGCCACGCCAGGGUAUUUCUCGGUUGGCAUGUCGAUCAUGUCUCUCAUCGUGACCUACCUCCCCAUCUUCCUUCCCCCGCCGCCCGGCCAGGCUGGCGCUGCUGCUCAGGCGGCGGCCGCGACUACUGCUGCGCCUGCGUCGUAA